GUCGAGCUAUUAGAUUAGCAAAAGCUUGGGCGUUGCUAGUGCUCCCUGUGAGGACCGCUUCAAGAUAGCGUGCGGCAUGCAUGUACGACAUCGAUCGCCCAAGUCAUCAAUGUCGAUCUCGCGCGCCGCUCGAUAUAUAGUGUAAUGUUGAUUAGGCUCGCGACCGAACGCAUCUGGUUGCUGUACAUUGCUGUUCAGACCUCAGCCCUCGAAUGCUUGGGAUUGUCACCAACGAUUCGUUUGACCGCAGCCCCAUCUCCAUUCUUCGAAGAACGCGUGAAAGGCGGAUGUGAACAUGAUCAAUCUGACCUGGUGGAGUGCACAAAUGGAGAGGAAACGGAUUGGCUCAUCUUCCUUCCUCUCGUAGAAUGGGCGCAUGCAGCUAAAGCCCUUCACACCGUUCGCGCGAAGUAAGCAAAGCGAGAGCUAACGAAGGGGCAUGAUGCCACCAAUAUUCAUAGCGAGCCGAGCGUAUCACUUCUGCAACCGUGUGCUCGCGCAUGCAGGCAGGAGA